AUCUCCAUCUUCCCAAAAUAAUUACAACCUUUUGUUCUUGAUUAGUGCAAAAUCAACGUCCACCCAAAAGAAAAGGAGCCAAAAAUAGGAAAUUGAAUAUGCACCAUUUGAGGGCCAUACAAUACAACAUUAUUCACGGCAAUGAUUUUGGGGAAAAUUCGAGUUCGUGAUCCUAAUCAUUCAUCAAUUUCCCCGACUCCCGCUUAAUUUUACGCCAACUUUUUUGUAAUUUAUUUUUCAUAUCUCACCUUCUUCAUUGUUAUUAUAUUCCUUCUUCAAUUCUUCCUUCAUUAAUCAAAAAAAAAAAAAAAGAUUUGUUUUUUGCUUUGAAUCAAAAAAAAUGUCGUGGCAAACUUACGUUGAUGAUCAUUUGAUGUGUGAGAUUGAGGGCACUACUAAUCAUCUCACUGGUGCUGCAAUUCUUGGCCUUGAUGGUAGUGUUUGGGCACAGAGUGCUGAUUUCCCUCAGUUCAAGCCAGAUGAAAUAGCUGCAAUCGUGAAGGAUUUCGAUGAACCCGGUACCCUUGCACCCACUGGCUUGCACCUUGGUGGAACCAAGUACAUGGUUAUCCAAGGUGAACCUGGGGCUGUUAUUCGUGGAAAGAAGGGCGCUGGUGGAAUCUGUGUUAAGAAAACCGGUCAAGCUUUGGUUAUGGGUAUCUACGACGAGCCUGUCACUCCUGGUCAGUGCAACAUGAUUGUGGAAAGGUUGGGUGAUUAUCUCAUCGAGCAGGGCCUCUAAAUAUUAUGGUUAAUAACUACAUAUUCGACAUAUAUGAGGAGUUUCGCGUGGAUUUGCUGAUCUAUAAACCGGAGAUUGGCAUUCUAUUACAACUAUUUUCGUUUUACAUUCUUUUAUCCUUUAGAAAGGGUUUAUGUUAGUUUCUUCUGGCAUAUAAGAUCUAUGACAGGAAAGAUUUUGGUGUUUUUUUUAUGUAAUGUUUAUUAUGAUCAUUAUUUAUAAUUCUGCACACAAGGUCAUACACUUUUAAUCUCUUAAUAUAAUUUUGAAAGUACAUAUUGAGUUGAAUAAAGGAGCUUUUGUGCAAA